CUGAGCUGCAGAGGAGCUACAGGACAAAUAAAAGCAAGACAAGUUUCUAUUUUUUAUUAAAGAUUUUCCCUAAACAUCCGGAUCACAGAGGAGGAGGUGUUUUUCUGCAGAGUUGUACUCUUGCAUCCUCCCAGAGGACAGCAGAAUAGGAGGUGCGGUGAGGAUGAGCUAGAGCGCAAACAGAAACCUGUGCGUAAAAACACUCCGCUGAGGAGCAGAAGAACUUUCUGGACGAAACCAAAGGAAAACUGCUGAUAAAGUUGUGAAAUGACGACAGAGGAGGAGCAGCAGGAGUAGAAGCAGGACCGACUCCUCCGAUCUGCGGCGGAAUCCACUGCAGCGUCCGGCAUGCGCCUCCUCGCGCUCCUCGGCGCUCUCCUCCUCGCGCGCCCGGCACGCGGCGCGGCCUCGGCGCGCCUGGAGCGCUGGGUCCGCGCGGGUUUGCAGUCGCUGCAGUGGGAGCAGUUGGAGCGCUGCCUCCGCCGCUCCUCCUCCGUGUCCGAGGCGGAGUGCCGGCGGCUCGCGUACCUGCCGCCGUCCUCCGUGGCCGUGUACGCGUCGGAGCCGCGCGCCGCGGCAGGUCCUUCUGACAAGGUUCUGGCCGUUCUGCCGGACUCCUCCGGCGGGAUGCUGAGCUCGGAGCCGCAGUCGGGUCUCAGCACCGGGCGAACCCUGAACCGGCGGGAGGGUCUGCACCGGUACCAGAGACCCCCGCACGGCUCUGCGGCUCACGACGCCGUUCUGGUGCUGGAUCCCAGCCCAGAGGAGAACUUUGGACACCCUGUGGUGCUUUUCUACGUGGAUGUGAAUGUGACGAAGAAGAGAUGCUCCCACCUGGAUGGGAUUUACCUGGGUGCGGAGUGUUUAACGCUGGCUCUGAAGGGCCGCUGUCAGAACCAGCUGAAGCGCCGGCAGACCGGACCGGAAAGGUUUCUGGGUAACAGCCGUCUGUCGGGCGGGGGGCGUGGCGGCCCAAGCGGCGGCCGUCUGCUGGAGCAAGCCAUCAGGGGGCUUUGUGAGGUCCACUUCCUGCCCCUGGUGGUGGCUGUCGGAGACCGGAACCGCACUCAGAGACUGCGGUGUGUCGAACACUCGGAGUUCGCCAGGUGUCCUCAGCUGCUGCCCAUGACUUCCACCACUUCUCCGGUCUCCAGCUGCGAGUUGAACAAAAACACCAGACGAUGUCACCAGCAGCUGCUCGCCACUCACCUGUCCUGCCGUCUCUACCAGACCUGCGACCACGCAGUGCUGCUCUCAGGGGGCUGGCGGCAGCAGGUCACAUUUCAGCGGCACGCUCAGAAUCUCGUGGGGUUCUACAGAAUGCUGCAGAACAACGGCUUCCAUAAAGAUCACAUCAAGACCUUCUUUGCGGGCGGCGGUCAGCUUCCUGAGGACAUAGAGGGCGUGUACUCAGCAACGGAGAAGGCAGUCAUCCGUAACCACAUGUCGUACAUCUGCAGGAAGCAGCACUGUGCCGACACACUGGUUCUGUACCUCAACUCGCCAACACGCAAUGACGGUGCCAUGCUACUCUGGGACGCUAACCUGAACGGCAUCGCUGACCUGAAGGAGCGAUACUCGGUCAAUGAGCUGCUGACGGACCUGGCUGGCUGCAAGGCCACUCGAGUUCUGCUUUUCGUGGAUCAAAGCUACAGCGGCGUCCUGUCCAAGAGACUCAGAGGCUCCCAGAAACACUUCAAUGUGGUUCUCAUCCAGAGUCCAGUCCGGCAGACGUUCCCCUUACAGAAUCAGAGGCUAAACCAGGCCUGGGAUGACAGCAACUGGUCCUUCAUAAGUCCAACCACCUGCCUGCUGGAUCACCUUUCAAAGGGUGGGGGAACAUCUCACCUCUUUGAGCUGUGGGCUGGCCUCCUAAAUGUGACUUUGGCGGGCGCACCCUGCAAUGCCACUCCCCCUUUGACGGACAUUGAACUUCGGCGGGAAUACCAGGGCUGCCAGAACCUACCAACUGCCCGAUGGCACCAGAAACCCCAAAGGAGCCACUGAGCAACCAGCGAAGUCUCCCAGACACGCGCACCAUCAUUUCCACUCCCAGAGUUCAGUCUCUAUGUGUGUUUAUGACAUAACACCGACGUGAUGGCAGCUGGUCCCAGCAGAGCAUCCGGAGCACCGUGUGAUCUGAGUGUGUCUGGGAGUUCAGCUGGAGGACACUCCUGAAGGCCGCUUCAGCUUAGCCGUGUGUGUUGGUGUGUUUAGACACGUCUCUUGGGCACUUUAACAUCGCAGAUCCAACCAUUCAUCUCUAUUUUUGUCUUCCCACCACUGUCCUCUCUUGAACCCGUCCGUGUCUCCCCUCUAACUUCACUCCUUUGCCGCCGGCCUUCUUCCUCUUCGUGCUGUAUUUAACUCAAACUGCAGUUUGUUUUGGCUCUUUACAGUCGACUUUCAACCAGCAAAAGAAAGCAACCACAGCUGAUCCAGAGGUUUUUCCUUCCAAGUUACCGAUAUUUUCUUCGUCGCUGUUGGUCCCAAGAGCCAAGCAUCAUCUCCUAUCCACUUCAUUUUACAGUAAGAGGAGGAAGUGAAAAGGCCCAAUGACAGAUCAAACGUGUCUGCUCACUUAGGGUUGAGUUACAAUUUCAACAUUUCACAUAAAUCAGUAAUAUUCUAACAUCCAACAAUUCACCUGAUCACUGUUCAGGGAUGGAUCGUAAAGAUGUAGAAAAUGAGGUCUAGUUUUCCCAAAACAGCUAACAGGUAUUAUCUGGGGCCACAUUCCUGCUUGUUUUCCAACAUGCACUGCUAUGCCACGUCCUAAUUGGCUGGACACACCGCAUAUCAGCCAGCUUGGACGUUUGGAAAACAUGCAGACGCACCGGUCCUUGUCAAAGGUUUGUCACAUGACCUUCUUCUGGUUGGUCGUGGUUUCAUUAUUUCACCAUCAACGAAUCUGGAAAACAUCCUGACCCGAUUUCCAAACCUCUCAGACCAGCAGCUUUAGGACACAGCCACUCUGGGAUGGAACCUGAACCCAGGUUCACAUUCCCAAACAUCUUCCUCACAGCUACAGAACAGAGCACAUAAACGCAUAGUUUUGCCUGGAAAGAAAAUUCCUCCACAACCACCAUUUGAAGAAUGGAUCCUUUCCCAACUCAGAAGACAAAAAGGCAGCCAGUCUCACCUCCUGACCUUCAGAGAGACCAGACUCCAUCUAAACAGCUUAACACUGCAAACUCAGUUGGGGGGGGGGUCCAGAUGAAGGUUAGCAAAAACCAGGAAGUGAAGAAAGAGGCCACGUUUACACAAAAGCAUCACUGUAUUAACUGCCCUGUUUUAACCUGCAAGGCUGAAAUGACACCUACAGGUCACCUUUCCUCAAGUUCAGGAGUUCACUAAGACCCCACAGCCUCCUCAGCAAUGUUUGAUCACCUGAUUUCAGAGGCUUUUAACAUUCAGAACAAUCAUUUACACUUUCAAACAUCUAUUUUGAAAUGUCCUUUCUUUUCAGUUGAUACUUCUAAAGUAUUAAAUCCGCCCCUUGGUGAGAAAGAGGGAAAAGUUUCAUUUUACAUGUAGUUCUCCAUCGAAUGUCUUACAUGUAUCAGUAACUCAACACGUUUCAAUGAGGAACUUAGGCACGUGAAAACUUUUUUAUUUAGCAAAACUUUAUAUUUGCAUAUUCAUGAACUAUAAACUGUUACGAAGCUUCAAAGCAGACGAUUUCAACACAAUCCGCUGAGACUCUUACCACAGCAGUGAAAGACAGAAAAGGUCUUUCACAUCCGAAAGCGUAUGUCUAACCCCAUCUUGGGGGGUCUUACUGGACAAAACUUCAGUCCUUUGAUCACAUUAGACAUCAGACAAAAAACUGGAAUGGUGGAUAGAAUUUAACUCACAUUUUAGAGGAAAUUGGAAGGUUGUCCAGCUGGAAAAAUGGUUUUUAAAUAGUAAAAAAAAGAUAAGAAAAAAAACACCUUGUGGUUGAGUCGAAUUACACUUUGAUAGUUCAAGUUAUUGUAACAUAUGCUGCUACUUCAUUUAUCAACUUUAGAUUAUCUGGUCAUUACAUUUUCAUUUGGUUAAGAUGCUAAAGUAAAAGUCCCAUUAUCUGUGACACACUUGGGUGAGUGACAUUUGUUCCCCGCAUUUGACCCCUCCCCUGGGGGAGCGUUGAGCUGUAGACACAGCCGCACUCGGGAACCAGUUGGUGGUUUAACCCCCCAAUCCAACCCCUUAAUGCUGAGUGUCAAGCAGGGAGGCAUGGGGUCCCAUUUUUAGAGUCUUUGUUAUGACUCAGCCUGGAUUUGAACUCACGACAUUCCAGUCACAAGGUGGACGCUCUACCACAAGGCCACUGAGCUGCUAAAAAAAAAAAAAAACACCUGAACUAUAAGGACAUGGCAAAAACUAAUGAUACACUUAUGUCAAAUGAAUCCCGUCAGUGGUUCCUAAUGUCAAAAUUCACUAUAAUUUUACUGUUUAAUCAAUUUGGUACCAAAAAGGACGAAUCCAAAAUAUUAGAAAGGUACAAACGAGCUGCUCUUGUCCACUUUUCACCAUUUCAUUAUGAAAAAUGUCAAUAAGUGUGAACUUAACUGCUGAAAUAUUGUUUGUAUGGAGAUUCAAAUGUUUCAUCAGAAAAGGAAGAAUCUUUGUGACAUGUUAACGUUGUGCUAAAAUAGACGUCCCGGCACCCGUGAUCAGUGUUCAUGAAUUUGUCCAAAUGUCUCAGUAUCGUCAAACUCCGCCCACUUUCCACCCUGUCUGGUGUUGUUUAUUACAGGUUUGUUUACUCAGUAUUGUUCCAAUGUGUCACAGUUGGUGUAACAACCUGUACGAAGUGAAACCUGUAAUGUUCCCAGGUGCAUGCUGUCAAUCACUGAAUAUAACCAAUAAAGUACUUUUAGAAACCCCU